GCGGCAAGCUCCGAUGUCUGCCGAAACUAGUCGGAAAUUAUCAAAACAAAUUACAGAGGACUCGCCAAGGAAAAAAGGUAGAAGAAGGAGAAAAGUAAAAAACCCAAGAGAUGAAGAAAUUUACUGCGACAAGGAUAGAGCAGCCGCUGUCAAUUUAGGUUCUAAAGAUAUCAAGCAGUCGUUAAAAAUUAAACGGAAACAGGAUCGAUCUAAAAUAUUGCAAAUUCCAGAAGAGGCCGAACCAAGCACGUUCUUGGCUUUAGGAAAUUACGAGAUGGGACGUGGAGACCUCAAUAUAGCAAUAAACUUUAUUUCGAAGGCGCUCGAGCUCAAUCCUGCGGAAAAACAUUCGCUGGUCGCCAGAAGCAAAUGCUAUAUCCAGCUAGGUCAACCGGAAAAGGCACUGAAAGACGCCGAAACCGCGCUUCAAGUCGAUAAAGGUUUUAUUAAAGCUAUCUAUCAGAAAGCGGAGGCCUUAUAUUAUUUAGGAGAUUUCGAGCACAGCCUCAUGUACUACCAUCGAGGAUUACAUAUCCGACCAGACCAUGAGGGAUUCAAGUUGGGAGUGCACAAAGCUCAAAAAGCUAUCGAAAACGCUAUUGGUUCGUUUGUGGUGACGAAAUCAUCUAAAGAACCUAGUUCGAAAGAAUCGAGCGCUAGACAAACGACUUCAUCGAAAAAUGCGGACAAAAGCAGUAGGAGAUCGACUCCGUUCAGUCAAAACAGAAGCAAGUCUGCGAAACCCAGCAGAUUGUUAAGAGAAUUGGGACCGGAUAAGGAAUAUUUGGAUAACUUAAUGCAUAACCCUAAUAUUAAGUGUAAAUUUAAGGAGAACGAUAAUAAAAUAGAGAAAUGUAUUCAGGAAACCGUAGAUUACCUUAAUGCUAGGCAGGAAUUUUGGAGGCAACAACUGCCAAAACAUUUGAAAUAGAUAACUGUUAUUAAUUUAUGAACAUCAUAACAUUGUAAUAUUUUGUUAAGUUUAUUUAGUACGUAAUUAUGAAUCAUAUUAGGUAUAUCAUUCGUAAAUAAUAAUAAUAUAUGAAAACUUCCUGUAAUGAGCUUAGAAGUAUUAAAACUAA